CGUCUAUAAUAGGGGAACUUUGUGUAAAAAUACCUUAACCUCUUUGACGUCCCUGAAGACUUCCCGGCUGGAACCGGACUUCGACUACUCCUAAUACUUUUGCGGACCUCGACUUGGCCCGUCCGACAGCAACAUGGCUCCUUACCAGUGGAUACCACGAUCAAGCCUAUUCACACUUCUCGCCCUAUGUUCAGUGCCACGGCUCUCUUCAGCACUUCAAGUAACGCCAAACUCCCCGUGUUCGUCCGUAUGCCGCGACUCGCUCGAUCUCGACACCUCGGAUCCCAAUUCUUCCAAUACCAAGAAUUCCGACAUCUCGUGCCAGGAUGCCGACUACUCGACUGCCGCCGGCACCAAGUUCAAGGAUUGCAUGACUUGCCUGCAGUCCAGCACCUUCUCGCAGGGGAGUGAGAGUGAUACUAAGUGGUUUCUCUAUAACUUGAGGUACACAGCUGCGUACUGCGUCUUCGGCUAUCCCAAUGCAACCGACGUCGGUUCGACACCAUGCAGCACGAGCCGGGCCUGCGGUAAUCUGCAGGCCAGCGUGGAGCAUGGUAUCCCAAGCCCGGGAAACACGACGGCCUACUCUUACUGCUCGGCUGGAGGUAGCGCCGCCUUGGACUCUGCCAAUUUUGAUAUGUGUAUACCUUGCCUCUCUGCUAUGGGAACGACCGAGUAUCUGGCCAACUACUUUGUGGCCCUGCAAGCCGGCUGCCUGCAACAGCCCGCCCCAGGCGCGGUGCUUGGCUUGAACGACACCAUCUUUUCUGACACGCAGAUCGGCAUUGUCGACCCGAAGACGCUUGAUGACGACCGUGACUCAAAGCCGAGCCUGGCAACGCCAGUGAUCAUCGGCAUCGCCGUCGGCGCUGUAGCUUUCCUCCUCCUCGUCGCCGCCAUCAGCUUCGUCUGCGUUCGCAGGCGGAGAAACAGGCAUACACGCGCCAGCGCCGAGACCGAGUUCUACAGCGGCAUCAACCGCCGUCACCACUCUUCCAUGUCCUUCCAGUGCCAAACGCACAUGGUAUCGCCCCGCUUCUGGCCCGGUGCCGAAGAAGGCGUGUCCACACCGGCAGCCUACAGUCCCGAUGGUCCAGUCCAACGAUCGUCCAUGUGGAAACCUCACGACCCAAACUUCCUCUACAACCAAGGAGAGAACACCCCUCACGACUCCAGAAAGGCCACCAUGGCUGGCCUUCCGCUUCAAAUUAGCACUAGCAUGCCGCCCGCCGCUCCUCCCCAAGCCUACGCCUCUCCGUCGUCGGGCGGCGGCUCGUACCACGACUACAGAUCUCCACUCUCCGCCGAGUCAGUCCGCAGCACAUCGGCCCUCUUCCCGCCCGUGAAACCCUACAUCCCCGCCGAGCACGGCGUGCACGUCCAGGCGGGCAGUCCAACAUCGGCCACCACGGAGAUUGGGACGGGUAUCAUUCCGGACAACACAGGGAUGACGGGCAUGACUCCGCUGCUCAAAAGCCACGGCUGGCCGCUCCCCGACCAGAAGAAGCAGGAACAGGCGGAGAAGCGCAUCAUCCGACUGAGCAACCCCAACGCUGUUCCGCCGCCGCCGCCACCACCGCCGUUGAAGACCAAACGAAGCAGUGGAAUGUUGGGGAGGAAGAGCCCCAAGAAUUUGGGACAAGGGAGCCCCGUCGAGUCGUGGGAGAUUCAGACUGCGUUCCCCGCGCCGCCGAAGCGGUGAUUUUAGUGCAUACGCAUCACUAUGUAAUAAUAUAUAAUCCAAGCUUGUUGGGCUUGUUGGGCGUUUGAGGGCUCGGUCACACCCAGGACACCUAUGCUUCCCUUUGUUCAUCCAGGACCCGGGUUGGAUAGCAUUCAUGAUGGGGCUACAAACUGCUGAAC